GACAGUCAAGACAGUCUCGCCGCCUCCCUCGCCGUCUUCCUCUUCGCCCUCGUCGCCGUCAACAGCGCGCUCGCUCGCAUCACCCGCCACGCUCCAGAGGCCCAUUUGCAGCUUUCGCUCCCGCCUCCAUCCGUCUUCUCCUUGCAUUCGUCGAGCCAGCUCUACUUCUCUAGGUCGAUAUUAAUCAAAAUAUCGCCCGUGCUUCGCUCUAUCCGCCAGCCGUGACCUCAUUUCACUUCCAGCUGUACCAGCAAGCUUCCCCGUCCGCAUAACUUAGACCUCCCGGAGAGCCUACGCGAGAAAUCAUGCAGACGAUCAAGUGUGUUGUUGUAGGAGAUGGUGCUGUCGGCAAGACGUGUCUGUUGAUCUCUUACACGACGAACAAGUUUCCGAGUGAAUACGUGCCCACUGUCUUCGAUAACUAUGCCGUGACGGUCAUGAUCGGCGACGACCCUUACACGCUCGGGCUCUUCGACACGGCCGGGCAGGAGGAUUACGACCGGCUCCGGCCACUAUCAUACCCGCAAACGGACGUGUUCCUCGUCUGCUUCAGCGUGACGUCGCCCGCGUCGUUCGAGAACGUCAAGGAGAAGUGGUUCCCCGAGGUGCACCACCACUGUCCGGGCGUGCCCUGCCUCAUCGUCGGCACCCAGAUCGACUUGAGGGAUGACCCGCAGGUGCUAGAGAAGCUCGCGAGGCAGAAGCAGCGGCCGGUCACGCCUGAGCAGGGCGAGCGGCUCGCUAGGGAGCUCGGUGCGGUGAAGUAUGUGGAGUGCUCGGCUCUGACGCAGAAGGGCUUGAAGAAUGUUUUCGACGAGGCGAUCGUGGCCGCACUGGAGCCACCCGUGGUCAAGAAGAAAAAUAAGUGCAUCAUCCUCUAAUUGAACGAAUGGAGACGACCACGACCGGUCGCUGCGCCCGGACUGUCACGACCGUUCCAUGCAUGCCCCCACGACUCCUUCUCUCGAAGAUAUAUCGCGCGCUUCUCUCUUCAGCCCAUCUAUCGUGAGCUCACUCUAAAUACACACACAUCCCCGGUAUCCCCCUUACCUGAGCCCUCCUCUUGUUCUCUGCCUCUCCCUCAUCUUUAGUUGUCAUUUUCUCCCCGCACCUACCACUACCACUACCUAUCCCUCCCCGUCCUGCGUGGGUCUGGCCCUACUGGGUCCGUGCCGCCUUCCUUAUCGCACGUCCGUGCGGGGUCUGUUCUCUUUCUCCGCAUUCCUGUUCUUCUAUUUCCCAGUAUUGUGUAGUUCAUAUCGUUUGGAAUUG